AUGGCUAGUAGAAAAUCUUGGAAAGGACAACUGUCGCUGAAGGAGUCUGAACAUCGUCGGUAUUCAGAUUCAGAAGAACACAAGAGUAAAGCAUCAGCAUCAAAUAAUUCAGAAUUAUCAAAUUUAGUUUUGAUGCGCAACAGUACAUUGGGGCAGUCAGCACCUUCCUUAUCAAAUAGUUUGAGAGAAUUACAUGUUGCCGGGUCUGGAAGACGUUCAAACAAGGCUAGUCAUAGAAAAAGCUUUAUAUCAAAUACAUCACCUACAUUACCAAGAUGUCAUUCUCCAAUGUCAAGUAGUCCAUUAGAAAGCCCUAAAGUAGUUCACUCUCAUCCUCAUUUUCCAUUUGUUUCAAUAAAAAGGCCGUAUAAUUUACUCACUACAGAUUGCCGUGAUGGAAGAAGGUGGUCAGUUGCUUCAUUGCCAUCGUCAGGUUAUGGAACCACUUCUGGAAGUUCAAAUGUUUCAUCUCAGUGUUCCAGUCAAGAGCGUUUACACCAGCUUCCAAAUAUGCCAACCUCUGAUGAAUUGCAUAUGUUUUCCAAACAUUUUUCAUCCAAUGACAGUACCCAUAGUGCGGAAGAAGAUAACAUAAUUUACCGUAAACCCCGUUUCAAUCGACCACGUUCAAGAAGCUUAAGUCCGAGCAGAUCGCCAGUUCUUGAUAAUGAUAUUGUUAUGAUGAAUGUGCUUUAUAAAGAUAGGUUUCCCAAGGCUACUCAUCAGAUGGAAGAACGCUUAAGCAUGUUUAUAAAUGAAUAUGAAAAACUUAAUUUAGAACACAUAGAAAUAUCAGCAGAUGCUGUACCUAUUGUUAGAUUUGUUAAUCAUCAAGUGUUGGAGAUAGCUAGAGAUUGCUUAAAAAAAUCUGAAGAAAAAUUAAUAACCAGAGGUUAUUUUUAUGAAAUGUCUGAAAACUUGGAGUUAUUGUUGGCUGAGGCGAGAGAAAAGUCUGAAGAAGCCACUGCACUACUGACAGGAACAAUGAAAAAAUUGUUAUUAAUAAUAUCUAGACCGGCUAGGUUACUCGAGUGCUUAGAAUUUGAUCCUGAAGAAUUUUAUCAUCUGUUAGAACAAGCUGAAGGUCAAGCUAAAAUCUGUCAAGGUAUUAAGGAUGAAAUACCACAAUAUAUAAUAGGAAAAUUAGGAUUAAAUCGUAACUCAGUUGAUGAUAUUGAUGUGAACUUUCACAAAUUAGAUGAAUAUUCCUCGUCUUUAAUAAAAAAGACUCAACAACAAAGUACCAAAAAAGAUACAUUUUCUUCUCCACCUUCAGAAGUUGAUUUUGAUGUAAUUAAAUUGAUUUCGAAUGGUGCAUAUGGCGCUGUGUAUCUCGUAAGACAUAAACAAACUCGUCAAAGAUUUGCAAUGAAGAAAAUUAUUAAGAAUAAUUUAAUGUUACGCAAUCAAAUUGAACAAGUAUUCGCCGAGCGGGAUAUCAUGAGUUUUACUGACAACCCAUUUGUGGUCACCAUGUACUGCAGUUUUGAAACAAGGAAACAUCUUUGUCUUGUAAUGGAAUAUGUCGAAGGAGGCGAUUGUGCAUCUCUUUUGAAAAAUAUUGGCCCUCUACCACCAGAUAUGGCAAAAUUUUAUUUCGCUGAAACUGUACUUGCCGUAGAAUACCUUCACAAUUACGGUAUUGUGCAUCGUGACUUAAAACCUGACAAUCUUCUAAUUACUGCAUUAGGCCAUAUAAAACUGACUGAUUUUGGAUUAAGUAAAAUGGGUUUGAUGUCAUUGGCAACUAAUUUAUAUGAAGUACAUGUGGAUAGAGAUACACGACAAUUUUCUGACAAGCAAGUUUUUGGUACACCUGAGUAUAUAGCCCCAGAAGUAAUCCUAAGACAAGGUUAUGGGAAACCAGUAGAUUGGUGGUCUAUGGGAAUAAUAUUGUAUGAAUUUUUGGUAGGGUGUGUACCAUUUUUUGGUGAAACACCCGAAGAACUUUUUGCUCAUACUGUAAAUGAUGAUAUUGAAUGGCCAGAUGAAAACGAAUGGCCAAUUCAGCCAGAGGCCAAAAACAUAAUAUCGUCAUUACUGCAACAAAAUCCUAGAGAUCGAUUGGGUACUGGUGGAUCACAUGAAGUCAAAGAUCAUCCUUAUUUCUAUGGAGUUGAUUGGAAUUCAUUAUUGAGACAAAAAGCCGAGUUUAUGCCACAAUUAGGCAAUGAAGAAGAUACUAGUUAUUUUGAUUCCAGAAGUGAUCGUUAUAGCCAUGAAAUUGAUGAGGAUACAGAUGAUGACUCAUUGAUUUUGGGUACAUUUUCAUCUUGUUCGCCUCAAUUCAAAAAAGUAGCAAGUAAAUUGUCAAUGAGCAAUGAAUAUCCAUCAUUAUCCCCUUCAGUUAACUAUAAAGAUGAUUCUUUAUCUAUCAAUACUGGAAUGUUUGACACAUCAGCGUCAGAAGGAGAAACAGUUGAUGAAAGUUUAAAAUCACCUGUUGCCAAGAAAACAACUAUUGACAAAUCACAAAAUGAAGACAAUGAAUCAAAUACUCAAAUCAGUCGUAGGCGGCGCUUAUAUAGUAAAGAAAGUAUACCAAAAUUCUCGAUUUCAAUUGAAGAUGACAGAUCUCCGCAACUAAGGAGUUUAUCGGAAAACGAGUCUGAUGAUCCUUCAUCAGAAAAAAAAGAGGAAUUCCUAAGUUUACCUGUGACUGCUAAUCUAUGUCCCACUUUACCACCUUCACCAAGUACUUCAAGCAUGUCGAAAAAUCACAAAAGCAAUACUCUUGGUGGUCAACGGGCAAGAUCUGUCAUUAAGAGUUUUUCAGCCACCGGAUUGUCUCUGAUGAUACCGCCUGAAUCCAGUAACAAUGGAAUGCAAAUGAAGUCCCCAGGAUCGUGUAGUGCAUUGAACUCACCUUGUCGUGAUGUACCUUUAAUCACCAGCUUAAAGCCACCAAUUAUAUUGCGCAGAGGUCCUUCUGGCUUUGGGUUUACAGUUAAUACUAUUCGUGUAUACUUCGGAGAUAGUGAUUUCUAUACUAUGCACCAUUUAGUAAUGGCAGUGGAUUCGGGAAGUCCUGCUUUCGAGGCAGGUCUGAGCCCCGGGGACUUGAUUACACACGUCAACGGAGAACAAGUCCAGGGGAUGAACCACACACAAGUGUUACAGUUGCUGUUGUCCGGCGGCGACAAGGCUACCCUGCGGUCCACGCCGCUAGAGUUCACGACCAUCAAGACGGGUGGACGGCGCCGGGAACCUGGCCAGAGCAAGUUGGCGUCGAAUGCCAGGCACAGAGGCCUUGGGUUUGCGCACCACUCUCACCGGCAUAAGAGAUCUCAACGUAAGGACAUACCGGCUGGCGAGAGCAGGCGCCGACAAAAGUCGUCGCUGUUCCGGCGAAUCAGCACCAAGUGCACACCCGACUAUCAGCAGCUGACCAUCAUGGGAAACCGAUCGCCGGCUGUCGGAGGCGUCGCGCAGGACUCGGCGGCGGCCGUGGCUUCGUCAACGUCCGCGGACUACUCGUCUUCGACCAGUUCUUCAAGCUCGUCUGCCAACUCGUCGCCGACGGUGACGCCCAACUCGCCCACGCCGUACCAGCGGCCGUCCACGCUGCACGGGCUGAAGCACAAGCUGCACUCGGCCACCAAAAACCUACACUCGCCGAACCGGCGCAAGUCCGUCGGCCAUAUACCACUGUCGCCGCUUGCUCGGACCCCGUCGCCGUCGCCGCUACCGCAGUCUCCCACCCGGUCGCCCAGCCCGCUGACUUUCUCGUCUGGCCACCAGCCCGGAAGCUCUAAUACCACGCAGUCGUACAGCCCGUCGUCGCUGACGUCGUCCAAUCCAGGGGCGGCGGGAGCCGGUGGCGUGGCCGUGUCUGGGUGUGGGGCGACGGCCGGCGUUGGAGGUAUCGGCGGCCCGUCAGGCUGUUGCAUCAGUGCCGUCAGUGGUGGCGCUGUAGUCGUCGUCAAGAAGACGGCUGGCUCGUCGUUCGGCCGGCCGUGCAAGACGUCGGAACCGGGGUCGCCACUGUUGCGCCGUGCGCUGUCGCCCGACCGGUUGCACCCACGUACCGCCGAGACCAAGUCCAAUUCCAUUUCGCCGCUAUGCGACCCCGCGCUCAAGGUGACCACGCACCAUGCGCCCCGCGUCACGGUCACCACCAAGUCGCCGCCGAUGUGUGCGCGCGGACCCGGCGCCGCGGCUGCCAACUCACCGCUGUCCAAGACCUGCACUACCACCACCACUACCACGCCGACGACGAAAAUAUUACAAAACAAUUCGGCGGCUUCGACACCCGCCGAUGAGAAGAAGGCCGCCGUCGUUCCGGUGACCAGUAGUAAAAACGAACAGCCGCCGUCGUCACAGGUGAACAAAAUGUUCUUGGCGGAUGUCGGCAGUGGCGGCGGUGGUCACGUGUCGUUGCCUCGUAUAGCCGAAGAAAGAGAUCAUCUGCAGCAGAAUAAUCUUCAUCAUCAUCAUCAUCACCAUCAUAAUCAUCAGCUGGUGCAGCCAGCUGUCGCAGCCGUUGCCGUAGUCGACAGGCCGAAACCCGCGAAAUCCGCUAACGGCGGCUGCAGGUAUUUCUUCAACAGGAAAUACAAACAACAGAGGGAACAGCAACAGCAGCAGCAGCAGCAGCAGCCUCAACCGCAGACGCCGUCUUGUUGUAAGCCCGACGAGGCGUGCAAGACCGGCGCCACCGGUAGACACAGUACGACGAACGAUGCGUUGCCGCCGUCCACGCCGUCCACUCAUCAACCUUGA